CCAAGUAAAGUGGGGCAAAUUGUCCACUCCGGGGCCGCGGCGGCAUGUGCGAUGCUCAAAGGUCUCCCAGUCCCAGAUCGAUGCCCGUGUGCGGCACCACCAUACUCUACUUCGCGAUCUCGCCCUGUGCUCCGCCGCCAGCAGCUCCCACUACCUCCUCCGUGCCUUUACACCAAGGAUCCAAUCAGCCCAAGAUCCAGCCCAAAUCCAACUGCCUCGCUACGAAUCGCGAGGACCCAAGCUCGGAUUUUGGAGAAAGGGGGCGGAGGCUCAGAGGUGCCGGUGCGGCAGGCCCGGGGAUUUUUAUUUUCAGGCGGAAGCCGACGGCGCUCUGGCCGGCGAGGGCGUUGGCGGAGUAUCACGCGCCGUUGGAACACACGCCUCGCGGUGUCCGACGCCGGGGAGCUGCAGGUGGACUCUGGCGGCUGUGGUCGGUUCUUUUUAUCGACGCUGCCGGCCGGAGGACUUCGACUGCCCCGGGUAGCCGCCCGCCUUCGCAGUGGGGUUCCGGUUCAGCCGCGCGGUGGCUGACGCCUGACGGCCCCGGGGCGGCGCAGUUCAUGUGCGCGGUGGGGGCGGAUCGGGUGACGCCGGCUUGAGAUCUGGGAACGCUGAUUUGAGAGGGGGGAAAAAUCUGAGCUUGACUGAAAAACACAGUGAAAAUGGCGAUGGUCCUGGAUGCCUUUGCAUCCUAUGUGCAAAAUAUGCUCACCGAGAUGGUGAGCGAAGAGGUGCACAUGCUGCUUGGAGUCGGAGACGACAUCGACAGGAUGGAUGUCAAGCUUAGGGACCUCAAGAACUUCCUAGCCGACGCUGACAGGAGAAACAUCACUGACAGCAGUGUCCAAGAGUGGGUGGGGCACCUCAAGGGCGCCAUGUAUGAAGCUACCGACAUCCUCGACCUUUGCCAGCUCAAGGCCAUGGAGGAAGGUCCAUCCACUGUAGAUGUGGGGUGUUUCAACCCAUUGCUCUUUUGCUUAGAUGCAGGGUACUUCAACCCCUUGCUCCUUUGCAUGCGGAAUCCCUCCCAUGCCCACGGCAUCGCCACCCGCAUCAAGGUGCUCAACAAGAGGCUCGACACCAUCAAGGAGCGAAGUGCUGCUUUCAGUUUCGUCAAUCUUGGUUCCUAUGAGGAUCGUGGCAGCAAGGUGCACAGUUUUCAUUCUCAGAAUACCAGCCGUGAGACAUCAGGGGAGUUCGACCGGUCGGGUGUAGUCGGAGAGAAGAUCGAACAGGACACAAGGAAGCUUGUCGAGAUCAUGCUCACUGAAAAGGGGGGCUGCACCAACAUCAAGGUGGUCGCCAUUGUUGGCAUCGGCGGGAUCGGCAAGACCACUCUUGCCCAGAAGGUCUUCAAUGACGAAACUGUUAAGGCUGAGUUCGAUGACACAAUAUGGUUGAGCAUUAACCAGGACUUUGACAAGGUUGAGCUACUCAGGACAGUCAUCACGCUCGCCGGGGGAGUACACGGAGGUGAAAAGGCGUUGGCUGUGCUUCAGCCAAUCCUUACUACUGCCUUGACCGGAAAGAAGCUAUUGCUAGUGCUAGAUGAUGUGUGGAGCCAUGGAGCAUGGGGCAAUGUGCUUGAAAUACCCUUGGCUAAUGUUGUGGCUCGAGGUAGCCGAGUCCUUGUCACUACUAGAGAUGAAAGAGUUGCCCGAGGGAUGAAAGCUGUUCUUCCUUACCAUCAUGUCGACAAAUUAGAGGAAGAGGAUGCCUGGUCAUUGCUUAAGAAACAGAUGGUCUCAAGUGAGACAGAUGGACGUGAAAUUGAUAUGCUCAAGGAUAUUGGGUUGCAAAUUAUAACAAAAUGUGAUGGUUUGCCUCUUGCUGUCAAAGUGAUGGGGGGACUCCUGUGCCAAAAGGAGAAAAAGCGCAGUGACUGGGAGAUGGUUCUAGGUGAUUCUAUGUGGUCGGUGUCUGGAAUGCCUGAAGAGCUAAACCAUGCAGUAUAUUUAAGCUACGAAGAUUUACCUUCUAUCAUGAAACAAUGCUUUCUAUGCUACGCCCUUCUCCCAAAAAUUGCAUUAUUCGAAAGGGACAACAUAAUUGGCAUGUGGAUUAGUGAAGGAUUUCUUCACGGAGCCUACGACGACUUAGAAGAACUAGGAAAUAAGUACUAUAAGGAGCUGAUACUGAGGAACCUCAUAGAGCCAAAUACAGAGUAUGCUAAUCAAUCUGUCUGCACCGUGCAUGAUGUUGUACGCUCAUUUGCUCAAUUUGUGGCUAGAGAUGAGGCACUAGCAGCUCACAGUGGAGAAACUAGUAUUGUUAGUAAACUUAGUGCAAAGAAGUUUCUUCGGUUGUCUCUAGAAAGCAAAUCAUCAGAAUCAGACGGGCUAGAGUGGAGUUCUUUACAAGCACAAAGCACACUGAGAACACUAAUUUCAGUUGGACACAUAAAUUUGAAGCAUGGUGAUUCGUUGGUUAAUUUUCCAUGCAUACGUACUUUACAUAUAGAUUCUGCACAUGUUGUUGCACUGGUUGAAUCUUUACAUGAAAUCAAGCACCUGAGGUACUUGUCCUUCCGCAACUGUGAUUUAUCUAGUCUGCCAGAUAGCAUUGGAGAGAUGAAAUUCUUGCAGUACAUUAACCUUGCAGGAUGCAAACAAUUUCUGAAACUUCCAGAUAGCAUUAUAAAAUUAGAGCAGCUAAGGUAUCUUAACUUGGAUAACACCAAUAUAAAUGGCAUACCUAAGGGGUUCCGUGUUCUAACAAAUUUGAGAAUAGUAUCUGGGUUUCCAGCCCAGGAAGAGGAUGGUUGGUGUAGUUUGGAAGAGUUGGCCCCUCUUUCUCGGCUCAAGAUACUUGGACUACAGGGAUUGGAGAAUGUAUCUGCUUCCUCAUCCGCAGCAAAGGCAAAGCUUAGCGAGAAGGUGCAUCUUACUGGCCUAUCCUUGAUCUGUGAUUAUAGAUUGUAUGGGUUGAUUGAGGAGCAAGGUACUAGUGUCUCUGAGGAAGAACAUCAAAAAAUUGAGAAGGUGUUUGAUGAGCUCUGCCCUCCACCCAACUUAGAUUUUCUUUACAUUAAUGGAUAUUUUGGCCGACGACUCCCAAGGUGGAUGAUUUCAUCAUCAGUUGUGGCUCUAAAGAGCUUGAGGACUUUGAUGGUUCACGACCUGGCUUGCUGCACAGAGCUUCCUGAUGGCUUGUGUCAGCUUCCUUAUUUGGAGUUCAUUCAGAUCUCUCGCGCACCAAUCAUCAAGCGUAUUGGCCCUGAAUUCAUGCAGCCCUACCACCACCAUGGUCUUCAUCCAACCCAGGCGGCUGUUGCCUUUCCGAGAUUGAGCAAGAUGUUCUUAACGGAAAUGGUGGAAUGGGAGGAAUGGGAAUGGAAGGAGCAAGUGCAAGCCUUUCCUGUCCUGCACGAGCUUGUGCUAAAGCACUGCAAACUGAAGCGUCUUCCUCUUGGCCUUGCCUCUCAGGCAAGGGCUUUGAAUAAAUUAUUCAUACAAUAUGUCUAUGGUUUGAUCUCUGUAGAGAACUUUCCAUCUCUUGUCGAGCUGCAUAUCACUCUAGACUUUGACCUGGAGAGGAUAUCUAAUCUUCCCAGGCUGCAGAAGCUUGCAAUCGGCGGGUGCUCAAAGUUGAAGGUGUUGGAGGGUGUUCCCUCACUCCAAUGGAUCAUGCUUGCGGAUGCACACAUGGAUACACUCCCAGAAUACAUGGGAAGUAUAUGCCCAAGGUAUUUGGAGCUACUCUGUGGCCUAGGGCUGCUCACUUCUUUAGCCAUGGGACAAUCUGGCCCCGAGUGGGACAAGUUCAGCCAUGUUGGGCAUGUCAAGGCGUAUGCACAUGAAGAAAAUAAUAGGAAGAAAUGGUAUGUCUUGUACACAGCUGACCCCUACAACUUGGAAACAAAUGUCAGCCGUUCUUUCAUGUCUAGAGGAACCUUAUGUUCGUUUGUGGAUGCCCAAAGGUUUGAAUAUGUCUUCAAAAUGACAAGAAAAACCUUUAGUUACAUCUGCAGCUUGGUGAAGUGGGCAUCACUGAAAGAUAUGGACAGCUAUACCUUUGUUGACGGGAGGGUGCUGUCUUUAGAAGAUCGGGUAGCCGUUGCUCUGAGAAGACUGUACUCUGCUGAGCUACCAGAGACCUUCGGAUCCUCUGUUGGUGUGAACGAGUCAACCAUCUCGUUGGUAACUGAGAGGUUUGUUGCUGCUGUGUACACCCACGCAAUGCAGAGCUGGCCAGGUUCCAGCGAAAUGGAUAAGAUCAAAUCCAUGUUUGGCAAGAUCUACAAUAUGGAUAACUGUUGCGGUGUUAUAUGUACAACCCACACCCCAUUUGGACCAAACUGGGAUCAUGAGAAGAAUGUCAGCAUUCUAAUGCAAGUCAUCGUCGAUCCAAAGAUGAGGUUUACAAGCAUUUGGGUCGGAUCAGCAGGUAAUGUGAACCAGCUGUCCGUUUUGCAUGACUCUCCAUUCUUUGAGCAGUGCGAGAAGGGGGUUCGCCUGAAUGGCAGCAAGCUGAAGGUAGGAUUAGAUGGAUCAGAAGUCGGGGAAUACAUAAUUGGUGAUGCAGGACAACCUCUUCUCCCCUGGCUGCUCACACCUUACCAAGAAGAAGACCACUCGGACUCCAAGACAGAGUUCAAUAGGAGACACUCCGCAACCACAUCCUGCAUGCUGAAGGCGCUGGCAAGGUUCAGAGAUACAUGGAAGUACCUGCAGGAAGAGACAUGGCGUCCUGUCAGUCCAGACACUCUACAUAAGACAAUCUAUGCCUGCUGCUUGUUGCAUAACAUAGUCAUAGAUAUGGGGGAUGAUGGAGUCAUGCGGAACGUUUAUGGGAAUUACCGCGAGGAAGUGCGCCAGGUAGCAAACGAGGACUCCGUCAGGGUGAGAGAUAUACUGUCGGAAUACUUCUUGACCACUAUGACAUCUGAAUCAGGAGUGGGUGCAGAGGAGGAGGAUGAAGUAGGUGCGUCAGGCUCAGAGGAUGAAGACAAGGAACAAAAGGCAGAGACAGAGAUCAUAAAGUUAGCUUCAUCCUAAGUACAACUUCUAGCAUGCUGUGAUGGAGGCAACAUUAGUCGGGAGAUCAUCAUAUGGAAAAGCUUCUUCCAGCUUCAUCCUAAGUACUACUUCUAGCACGCUGUGAGUUCAAGCUAUAUCACAGUUGUUGGCUUCCUGUUUUGUUUUUCUAUAUGGCACUAUCGUCAGUGAAAUCUUAAACUGAUCAAGGAAAGGUAACUGAUACAACCACUGCCAGUGUGCUAAGCAAAACAUUGCUUAUUCGUUGAGGCUGCAAUGUGUUGGCAAAUGUUUUAGUUGAUAGCGUGCGUGAUCUGGAUCAUAAAGUUAGCUGCUAUGCGUGGAAAUGAAAUAUUCUUGAUACAUCAAGACCAUUGUGCAUGGCCGUAUAUCUGAUACAACUAAAACCAUGAUUUUAUCCUGCUGGUUGGGGCUUUUAAAUGCAUGAAUUCAGAGCAGCCCUGGCAAUUGAAGCUUUGCAUUUGUCACUAGUGCUAGCACUCUCUGCUUCAGAGUCUUUUUAUUCCUUCCAUGAAGCAAUAUCACAGUUCUCUCCUUGGUUUGUUCUUUUGAUAUGGAAAUGUUGUUUUUCUUUAAAAAAAAGAGAGAAAAACCGCCGGCCUCUGUACCUUUUAUAGAGGGAAAAGAGGUGCCCAUUCAAGGUGAAAGAUAAGCUGGCGUCCCGCUGGUUGGAGCUUUUGAAUGCAUGAGUCCAGAGCAGCCCUGGUAAUGGAGCCAGAGACAACUUUGGUGCUGCAGUAUGAAUUGAAAUCAGACAAUUUUUUAAAAGUUUGGUCAUCUACCUUGUUGGCAAAGGCAAGUGUUGUUAUGCAGUCUGUACAGGAAACACUACUGUAGAAAGUGCAAUACGGCAAAGUGAUAUCGUGGAAAAUUCAAAACCAAAUACACCUGAAGACAAUACUGCAGACAUUAUACUGUAGAACGUACAAUACUGCCAUCUUAUAGAGCUGAUUGGCAUGCAAAAUGUACAAUCCAGUGGUGGUACAAUGCAGCUCACCCUAGCCUGUAGGGGUCCGAGGCAUGGACCUCCUGCAAAUCGCCGGAACGCAAUUCCUCGACAGGGAAGUUUGUUUGCACCACUCUGGAUUAGUUUCAAACCCGGACGUCAAGGAACCGAACCCGACAGAGGGAGAGGUCAAGAUGAAUGUAGAUGGGGCAGCGGCCAUGUCCUCCAACAUGAGUGCUGUGGGCGUUGUGUGCCGCAGUGCAGCCGGGCUGUUUUUGGGUGCUUCUGCUGUGGUUUUUCAAGGGGUGACUGAACCGACGACUUUGGAAGCAUAUGCUUGCAGGGAGGCUCUCGCAUUAGCUAAGGAUUUGGUCAUGAACAAAGUGCGCAUUGCAUCUGACUGUCUGAGAGUCAUAAACAACCUAAGAGCUCGGUGCAUCUUGGCGAUUAUUGCAUGAUCUCGCAGGAGAUCAACGACGGGAAGCAACAGUAGGCACCAGUGGCGGAGCCAGGAUUUUUGACAUGGGUAUGCAAAGCUUUUUUUUUAGAAAGAAGCAACACUCUAAGAGAUAAAUGUUUACAAUCAUGGAAACUAAAUUUUAAUUAUUAUACUUAUUGCAACAUGGUCUUCAAUA